AGCCCCGCCCGAGCCCCGGGGCCGUCCUCUCGCGAGAGCAGGCCGCCCGACCGGAAACAGCGGCGACCCCGGAAGUCCUCGCGGAGACAGCUGGUCCGUAAGAGCUCGUCCCCUGCGCCGCCCCGAGGGGUGUGCUGCCCGACUGGCCAUGGACGAUACCCUGUUCCAGUUGAAGUUCACAGCAAAGCAGCUGGAGAAACUGGCCAAGAAGGCAGAGAAGGACUCCAAGGCUGAGCAGGCCAAAGUGAAGAAGGCUCUGCAGCAGAAAAAUGUGGAGUGUGCCCGUGUGUAUGCUGAAAAUGCCAUCCGCAAGAAGAAUGAAGGGGUAAACUGGCUCCGGAUGGCAUCCCGCGUGGACGCAGUGGCCUCCAAGGUGCAGACAGCUGUGACCAUGAAGGGGGUGACCAAGAACAUGGCACAAGUGACCAAAGCGCUGGACAAGGCCCUGAGUGCCAUGGACCUUCAGAAGGUGUCUGCUGUGAUGGACAGGUUUGAACAGCAGGUGCAGAACCUGGACGUGCACACAUCGGUAAUGGAGGAUUCUGUGAGCUCUGCCACUACGCUGACCACACCUCAGGAGCAGGUCGACAGCCUUAUUGUUCAGAUUGCUGAGGAAAACGGCCUGGAGGUCCUAGACCAACUCAGCCAGCUUCCAGAGGGGGCCUCUGCUGUGGGCGAAAGCUCUGUGCGCAGCCAGGAGGACCAGCUGUCUCGGAGGUUGGCUGCCCUGAGGAAUUAGCACGUCCUCGGCAGGUGCUGCCUCCUUUGCCGUGGUUUCUGGAGGCUUCUGCCCGACGGCGCUCCAAUCUCUCCAACCCUUCAUCGCUGCCUUGGCUCUUCUCCAGCCUGUCAGGCUGGCGCCUCAGAACCGAGCCUUAGGUUGGGCGGCAGGUUUCUGUCCUGGUAUUGAAUUUGCACAAGUGUGUGGUGACUUCAGUGAGUGUGGGCCACAGCUGGAGGACCAAGCUUUCUGUUGGCCUCUGCCUGUGUGGAGUUGACAGGGUUUGGCCUGCAGAUGUGUGUGGUCUUCAGCCCAGUGCUUUGGGGCCUUCAGAUUUCAGCGACUACACACCUGCUGUGCUGUGGCCACUGAGGGUCAGAGCCAUUCCUCCUUUGCCAGGCAACUCUUGGAAGCCUCUCCCCCUUCCUCUGCAGACAGGAAAUCCCAUUGUGUGACAGCCCCUAGGUUCCUGUGGACUUUGUGUACCAAGGUGUCCAGUGCCACCAACACUGACCUUUACAGGUGGUGGUUCUCCUCCAUCUUCCCAGAGCUGUCUGCUGACUGAGUCUACGAGGGCUUUCUGUCCCUCAGCUCCCUUUCCCAGCCCGCAGGAACAGGACCACCGUCCAGUUUCAAGUCCAGGUCCUUCCUAAGAGAUUCUUACGCCGUACUCUGCAGCUGCCUCUGGAAGAACUUUGGGCCGCCGGGGCUGAGCCGCCUGCUUGAUGGCGGCAGCCUGUGUCAGCCUCCCGGACCAUCUUAGAGCUGCUCCUCUGGGAUGACUGCUCUCCUGUCCUUUUAGACAAAGGCUGCUGCUUUCUGCCUUUUCCAAGGGAGAGCGGGGUGGCCAGCAAAGGGAGCCCGAGUCCGUCACUUUUGGCCGCAGGCAGCAGGCUCUUGUAUCCUUCCGCAGUGAGGAAGCUGGCAGCAGGCAGGUAGUACGGCUCACUGGGCAGCUGGAGACUGUGGGCAGGCUGCUGAUUUAUUUUCUGUCUCCUGAAGUUUACUCAUGUUCUAAAAACUCGUGGUGAUUUUGUUCUUUUGCCAAAGUAGAGAGCACAGCGGAUGGGGUGUGUUUGUCCCAGCCUCUAUGUAGGCUGAGCUGAGGCUACCUGUGUUCGGGUUCUUAAAAGUUGAUGUUAUAGGCCAGAGCUGGAAUUGCUGUCCUGGAUGUGGGGAACAAGGUACAAUCUACUCAUGGCCCCCGCAAGGCUUCCUGAAUCAACUUCUAUGUUAGGUGUUGAGUAGCUGCAGUCUCAGGGGAAAGCCUGUGCAAUCCCUGGGACCUGGAGGGUGCAGGAUUUGUGGAACAGUAGUAGGGAUGGGGGAGCCGGACUGGGCUCAUCAAAGUGGGUGUGUCUGCCUUUACUGUGCUGUCUAGGUAAAUAAAGGGAUCGGUGGAGAACA